UGCUCUGCUGCCUGCUCACUCCCCUCCCCUGAGCUGCUACGCAGACUCCGUCAUCAAAACACAUUGUGGGGCAUGCUGGUUUCGCUCCACUCUCUCUGGAUACUGGACGCUCACAGAAGCUCACCGUGGAGCCAGCCGUCAGGAUGCACCGGCAGGAGAGCACAGCCUCCGAUCCCCCGUCAGAUGUAAGAUGUACUACAAGACAUAUGAUAUCACGUGGUCACUCCUAUGAUGAGCGCACUGCAUGGAACCCAAAGCAUUGUUUGGUGGCGGACUGUCAGAUGCUGUAUCUAAAAGAGGAGGAGGUGACGAGGCGCCCGACAUCAUGCAAGGCCCAUCUUCUGCGGCGGACAAUCAGUGUUCCUGUGGAAACUCAGUUUCCAGAAUUUCACAGCCAGCUUUCUACAGGGAGCGUUAUCCAGGAGAGCAUUCUCUGCAUCACUUAG